ACACACCUGGUAGGGUAUAAAAAGUAGUGACAUUUGCAUAACUAAGCUGGUUCUUUUUUACCCUUUUUUAUGUUAACAUGCACAAUACGUGCCUAUCAUGCAUAGAUGGAGGUUAUUUACAUUUGUCCUUGCUGGAGACAUUCUAACACAAGAUGUCGGAUGCAAGGAGCGACAGUAAAGUCAACCAUGUGUCGAGAACCAUCCAACUAGAAGCCACCACGACAAUAACCAUAGCGGUUUGUGUACUGAUUGCGAUAGUUGCGCUCAUCAUCUCAGUCGUCGCAAUCUCCAAAUCCGCUGGCUCUGACAUUACAGUCCAGGGUAAAACGACAAGUUCUCGACAAACUCCCCAGCCUGCAGUAGCAUACUCACCCAGUACCUAUGACGCCAGCCGGUGUCAGGCCUCUAAUAGAAGGAGAGUUUACACGCUGGCCAUUGGAUUCGAUGUUGGGGCUUAUGUAUAUAGUGACGACAGCGGCUUUCAAGUUGGAUUCGGUCCCGACCUAAUAGACGCAGUGUGUCAGGAGGCGGGAAUAGAUUGCAGGAUUGUCACGGAGCCAUACACCAACUGCAUGUUCUCAGAGAAAGGGCAGCCACAGAGAGGGGGGAUAGGACUGAUGGAAGGUUGGUACGACGCCUGCAUCGGAUGGCUGGCUACACGUCAACGGAAGCAGAUCUUCGCAUUUUCCAAGCCGAUUUUGAAACCAUACGAGGUCUAUUUCUACGCCUUUCUUGGGUUUAAUCCAUUCAAUAUCACUGGGAAAAAAAUGGGACUGAUAAGCGGGUUCUCCACUAACGAAGCCUGCCUAGCCGGACUGGACCAGGUGGCUGGAAGAGACGUCCCGCACUCCAACGUUUUUCAUGCACAAACGCCUGCCGAGCUAAUGGCUAUGGUCCAGAACGGAACUGUAGACGUGGGUUUUAGCACGGGGCCUUCUAUGGCCACCAAAAUCAAUGGCACUAAUAUCCAACGGUUCCCAUCGGAUCCCAUGUUCUGCAAGAAUGCCGGACAACCUGGAAUGAUGACCCGUAAAGACAACGACUUCAACUCUAAAUGGAAUGAAGGGUUUGAGAAACUGGUCUCUUCAGGACGUUUUAAACGGCUAUGUGAUGAGGCACGGAUUAAGCACGGUCAUCGCGGUGAGAUAGAGUGUGUGGAUGCCUAACAACAGCUGGGGUCCGUAACCUUCACCUUGACUGCGAAAUCACAAAACUAUGCAUCCGUAACCUUCACCUUGAUGGUUAAAACAAAGAUAUAGGCAGCCGUAACCUGAACUUUGAUGUCUUAAUCCCAGAAGAUAUCUAUGGCCUUCAUCUUGAUAGCUAAACCACAGGACGAGGCAUCCGUAAACUACACCUUAUGGCAACUUGUGGAACUUACAAGAAGUCAAGACGAAAUAUAUAAAUGAAUCUAAUGAAAAGAACCGAAAGUCCAUUGAUGAUGUGCGAAUUUCAUGUUGAUGAUAGGAUGACCACCAACGAUAUCAAUUUCAGACCAGCGGUUCUUUUUUAAGGAAACAUAAGGAAGUAAUGCCAACAGGCUUAUUAAAGCAUAUACAUAACCUCAGUGCUUCAGUUGAUAGUUAUCAUAAUUUUACAAUUCACUAAUUUCUAUUAACUAUUAUCUUUUUUGACAAAAUGAACAGUUUUAUGAAGGAAAGGUCGUCUUCGGACAAGAAAAACAGAAUUGUUCAUAAUCGAAGUACGCUGUCAUAUUUUCAAUUUUCAAAUAAAUAUUUGACGCACGAGGCUCCUGGUUUAAUUUAAGAGACUACUUCAGCAAAGUGAACAAAAGUUACAGAAUGUUUUGACUCCAUGCACAGACGCGUCAGGUGCGUCCUCUAAUCCAGAAGAUACUAUACAAAAUACCAAAAUGCGACUUUGAUUGGUUAGCUUAUUCACAGGUGGAACAAUCAGU